CUGUGCAGCUUCGGCGGUAGGAAGCAGAAGAGUGGUCGAGGAAACACACACACCGCUCUCUGAAGCAGAGCAGAGCGGAGAAAAGCAGAGAACAGCGAAAUAAAAGGACAUAACUGGAGAUCGGCGCGCGUUAACAGUGCUGGGGAGCUGUAUUAUCUUUCAGAGACUCUUCUUUGGCCGGUAAAGCGGAGAGAUGUCUGACAGUGAGGACAGCGAUUUUUCAGACAACCAGAGUGAGAGGAGCAGUGAGGCUGAGGAGGCCGAGGAGAAUGAGGAAGAAGAAGCUCGAAGUAUAACUGGAAGUGACAAAGCUGCAGAAGAAGAAGGAGAAGAUUUGGAGGAAGAUGAGGAGGAGUAUGAUGAAGAGGAGGAAGAGGAUGAUGACAGACCAAGAAAGAAACCUCGACAUGGAGGCUUUAUCUUGGAUGAAGCCGAUGUGGACGAUGAGUAUGAAGACGAGGAUCAGUGGGAGGAAGGAGCGGAAGAUAUUUUGGAAAAAGAGGAAGCUGAAGUGUCCAACAUUGAUCAUGUGGCUUUGGACGAGGAUCACUCUGGGUCCCGUAGGCUGCAGAAUCUCUGGAGAGAUUCCAGAGAGGAAGCCCUGGGGGAAUACUACAUGAGGAAAUAUGCCAAGUCAUCAGGUGGUGAACAUUUCUAUGGAGGAUCAGAAGAUCUGUCGGAUGAUAUUACUCAGCAGCAGUUGCUCCCUGGUGUCAAGGAUCCAAACUUGUGGACUGUUAAGUGUAAGAUUGGUGAGGAGAGAGCGACUGCCAUUGCGCUGAUGAGGAAAUUCAUUGCGUAUCAGUGCACUGACACGCCACUUCAAAUCAAGUCAGUGGUGGCUCCCGAACAUGUGAAAGGCUACAUCUACAUUGAGUCUUAUAAACAGACUCAUGUCAAGUCUGCCAUCGAAGGAGUCGGCAACCUGCGAAUGGGCUUCUGGAACCAACAAAUGGUGCCCAUUAAGGAGAUGACUGAUGUCCUUAAAGUAGUCAAGGAAGUGACCAAUCUGAAACCCAAAUCCUGGGUCCGCCUUAAGAGAGGCCUGUACAAAGAUGACAUCGCCCAGGUUGAUUAUGUUGAGCCAAGUCAAAAUACCAUUUCACUAAAAAUGAUUCCUCGGAUUGACCUGGACCGAAUCAAAGCAAGAAUGAGCAUGAAAGACUGGUUUGCUAAGAGGAAGAAGUUCAAGAGACCUCCUCAGCGGCUCUUCGAUGCUGAGAAAAUCAGGUCUCUUGGUGGGGAAGUUAGCCAUGAUGGAGAUUUCAUGAUCUUUGAAGCCAAUCGAUACAGUCGUAAAGGCUUUCUCUUUAAAAGCUUUGCCAUGUCAGCAGUGAUCACAGAUGGAGUUAAGCCAACUCUUUCAGAGCUGGAGAAGUUUGAGGAUCAACCUGAAGGCAUUGACCUGGAAGUGGUGACUGAAACAGCAGGAAAGGAGCGAGAGCACAACCUGCAGUCAGGAGACAAUGUGGAGGUGUGCGAGGGCGAGUUGAUCAACCUUCAAGGAAAGAUAUUGAGUGUGGAUGGCAACAAGAUAACAAUCAUGCCCAAACAUGAGGACCUGAAGGACCCAUUAGAGUUUCCAGCUCACGAGUUGAGAAAGUAUUUCCGUAUGGGUGACCAUGUGAAAGUUAUUGCUGGCCGCUAUGAAGGUGACACGGGUCUUAUUGUUCGAGUGGAGGAGAACUUUGUCAUCCUCUUCUCUGAUCUCACUAUGCAUGAGCUCAAAGUCUUGCCUAGGGACUUGCAGCUGUGCUCAGAGACCGCCUCCGGCGUGGAUGCAGGAGGUCAGCAUGAGUGGGGAGAGCUGAUUCAGUUAGAUCCACAGACUGUGGGUGUGAUUGUCCGGCUAGAACGAGAGACCUUUCAGGUGCUCAACAUGCACGGGAAGGUAUUAACAGUGCGGCAUCAGGCAGUGAACAGGCGGAAGGACAACCGCUUUGCUGUAGCUCUGGACUCGGAGCAGAACAACAUUCAUGUAAAGGACAUUGUCAAAGUUAUAGAUGGACCACAUUCGGGGCGCGAGGGAGAGAUUCGACACAUCUUCAGGGGGUUUGCCUUCCUUCACUGUAAGAAGCUGGUUGAAAAUGGCGGCAUGUUUGUUUGUAAGACACGCCACCUUGUCCUGGCUGGUGGUUCAAAGCCUAGAGAUGUGACCAAUUUCACUGUUGGUGGAUUUGCUCCCAUGAGCCCACGAAUUAGCAGUCCAAUGCACCCAGGAGGAGGGGGUCAGAUGCAGAGGGGAGGUGGUGGAGGCGGCAUGGGGCGUGGCCGUGGUAGACGAGACAAUGAUCUGAUUGGGCAGACAGUCCGCAUUUCUCAAGGACCAUACAAGGGAUAUAUUGGAGUGGUGAAAGAUGCUACAGAAUCAACAGCUCGAGUAGAGCUCCACUCGACCUGCCAGACCAUUUCAGUGGAUCGCCAGCGUCUGACCAGCGUUGGUGCAAAGAGACAAGGAGGAAUGACUUCCACACACGGACGGACACCAAUGUAUGGCUCCCAGACACCCAUGUAUGGCUCCGGGUCACGUACUCCCAUGUAUGGCAGCCAGACGCCCCUCCACGAUGGAAGCCGCACCCCUCAUUACGGCUCUCAGACUCCUCUGCACGAUGGAAGCAGAACGCCUGGGCAGAGUGGAGCUUGGGACCCCAACAAUCCCAACACGCCGUCACGGCCGGAUGAUGAUUACGAGUUUGGGUAUGACGAUGAGCCGUCACCGUCCCCUCAAGGUUAUGGAGGGACACCUAAUCCUCAGACUCCUGGGUACCCAGAAGUGCCCUCACCACAGGUCAACCCCCAGUACAAUCCACAGACCCCUGGAACUCCUGCAAUGUACAAUACAGACCAAUACUCUCCAUAUGCUGCACCAUCGCCACAAGGCUCAUACCAACCCAGUCCCAGCCCUCAGAGUUAUCAUCAAGUGGCUCCCAGCCCUGUGGGCUACCAAAACACCCACUCACCUGCCAGCUACCAUCCCACCCCCUCACCCAUGGCCUACCAGGCCAGUCCGAGCCCCAGCCCGGUGGGAUACAGCCCAAUGACUCCAGGAGCUCCAUCUCCAGGUGGCUACAACCCCCAUACCCCUGGCUCCAAUAUUGACCAGACCUCCAGUGACUGGGUGACCACAGACAUCUUGGUGCGCGUGAAGGACACUUUCCUAGACGGAGGAGUGGUUAAUCAGACGGGCGUCAUCCGCAGCGUAACUGGAGGAAUGUGCUCAGUGUUCCUGCAGGACACAGAGAAGGUUGUCAGUAUCUCAAGUGAACACCUGGAGCCUGUGACACCAACCAAAAACAAUAAGGUGAAGGUGAUUCUGGGAGAAGACCGGGAGGCCACAGGUGUCCUGCUCAGUAUCGACGGAGAGGAUGGCAUCGUCCGAAUGGAGCUGGAUGAGCAGCUCAAAAUUCUUAAUCUUCGCUUCCUUGGAAAACUAGAAGUGUGAGAAUAUGUGCUCUACAUAUGACAAAACAGCAUCACUGUCUAACUUUUUUUGUGUGUGUGUUUCUGUUUCUGAUCAUAGGUUAAAAUCACGAAGUAAUUCAUGUGGUUUGCAUUUUACAAUAUUGUGUUUUUUUUUAUUAUUAGUCAAUGUUUUAGUGGCUGUAGCUCAUCUUUGGUGUAGAGCAUUUGAGAAAAUUGAUUCCAUGUCAAUAAAAUGUGAAAUUUGC